GACUCUCACAGGUGUGGGUGUACGUUUGUUCCCUCUAAAAACUUACCUGAUACCAUCAUGUGAUCUGGCAAGCGGGGCGUGGAAAACAGUGUUGUCUCGACGCUGGAUUUUUUUUGAUUUGUCAUUGUCCUUCAUACUUUUUACAGGAUUACCAACAGAGUCCAUUCGGCGUUGGUUCACUUCGUCAUUUUUCACGGAAUAGUUUUUCAAGGAAUGGACCACGUAUUGGAUUGAGAGGAGAAUCAUGUAAACUUUCUUCUUGUAUGCCGAGUUUGAGGCAAAUCGAUUGGUUCUAGUUUACGAGGAGAAAUCUUGGCAUCGCAAACGCGUGCUACCAACUAUUCCCAAAGAGAUGAUUUGGUGGAUGACGCUCCUGCUCCUUUUGUGUGCGAACACAUGCCUCUGUGACGAGCCUCUUGCUGCCUUUCCCUCCGCCACUACUAUUAACAACGUGGUCCAGGACCCCAGGACGGGCCGCAUCUAUGUGGGUGCCGUCAACGCUCUUUAUCAGCUGAAUUCGUCCUUGCAGCUGGAGAGCAGUGACAUCACUGGUCCUCACAAGGACAACCCCCAGUGCACACCUCCCAUCACCCCCCAGUGUGCUGAGGCAGUGGAAACUGACAACUUUAACAAGCUUUUACUGGUCCACCCUUCCAACGGAUCUCUCGUGGUAUGUGGAAGCCUGUUCCGAGGAAUCUGUUCAUUGGUGAGCCUUAACGAUGUCAAACAAAAGGUCUAUUACAGCGACACUAAGGGUGAAAAGACCUACGUAGCCAGCACGGAGGAGGGUGUGUCAGUGGUCGGCGUCAUCUCCACCUUCACUAAGGACGAGAGCGAACUCAAAGUGUUCCUGGUCGGAAAAGGUUACGGAAGCUCGGACAGCUCCAAGAUCAUCAGCACACGUUUGCUGCAGGACUACAAUGACAUGGUGGUGUUUGAGAACCUGGUGGAGGCAGCCACCGUGCAGGCUAGCCCCCUUGUGCAGAGGUACCUGCACAAUUUUCGUUACGUCUUCAACACCUCUGAGCACAUUUACUUCCUGUUCUCCCGCACGCAGUACAUGAAGGACAGUCGCAACUUCACCUUCGUGGCUCGCAUGUGUAAGAACGACCAGCAUUACUACUCUUACACAGAACUUCAGCUGAACUGCUCUCGAAGCAACCGCUACAACCGGGCACAGGCUGCCUACGUGGCAUAUCCAGGGCCGGCUUUGGCAGAGAGCCUAACUCAAUCGGGCGAGCACGGGACAGUCACCACUGACGACCAGGUCUUGUUUGUGGUGUUCACCUCAGACGAUGAAGGGGGUGGUUCAGCGCUCUGCUUGUAUCCUCUUAAAAGCAUUGACGCUAGAGUAGAGAAGGUCAUUGGUUCCUGUUACAAUGGGAAGGGUCUGAUUGGUGACAGAGAGGCUUUAUACCAACCUUACUCCAACACGGAGCAUCCAUGUCGAGAAAUUGCACCUAAUCCCGAGAUGGCAAAGAAGUACCCUUGUGGAGCUGAGUUCCUGCCUACUCCCCUGGCCACCAAACCUGAGUUCGCCCUCAGUGUUGAGCCUGCAUACCACAGAGACAAUAGCCUGCUGACCGCAGUAGCCGUCGCCGUGGAGAAGGAGCACACUGUCGCAUUCCUGGGUACCGGUGCGGGGGAGGUGUUUAAGGUGCAUCUGUCUAGCAGCCCUGAGGCCUACAGUAGGAUGCCGGUUGAGGGAGCUGAGGGACCAGUUCAUAGGAGCCUCUUUUUCGACACAAGCUUUGAUCAUCUGUAUAUCACCACUACCAAACAGAUCACCAAAGUGCCAGUGCAGGCAUGCCACUUGAAGAAGGACUGCCAGUCCUGUGUGGCUCAGAAGGACCCAUACUGUGGAUGGUGUGUGCUUCAGGGCAGGUGUACCCGUAAAAAGGACUGUGACAAUCACGAACAGAGGAACGCAUGGUUAUGGAGUCCAGACCAGAAGUGUGUGACCAUUCAAGCCUUCAAACCACCCAAUAUCAGCUGCAGGAAGACUCAACAGGUGCAUAUUGACAUUCCCUCCCUCCCCAGCAUCGAGGGUUCUGAUAGGUUAGAAUGUAUGUUUGGCAGUGUCUGUAACAGUGCAGUGAUGCAGGACACUACAGUCAUCUGCUCCCUCCCUGACCCCAUCGACGUGCCUCCUACGCCCGAAGAACAAGACUAUGUUGCAGUGCCAGUGAAGAUCUUGGUGGACAAAAAUGUGGAGGUGGCCUCCAGCGAGUACAAAUUCUACAACUGUGCUGCCAUUGUGAAGAAAGCGGAGAACACGCCGUGUAUAGCAUGUGUAAGCAGUGAGUGGGGGUGUCAGUGGAACACUCGGGAACACACCUGCAGCGACACAGACGACACGACAGAGAACAUAAUCAAACCGCAGCAGGGUGAGAGCUGUCCGCAGUUUCAAAACCCAGAACCUCUCCUCAUUUCUGUGGGCAGCAAAACUCGCAUCGAGUUUGAAGGCAAAAACCUUGAGGUUUACAAGGGUAAAACCUUUAAGAUCGGCACAGAGCUCAUGAAACUCACAGAGGAGGUGGUCACUGAGGAGGAGUCCAGAUUCAGCUUUAAUGGUUACGAGUUUGCUUACGACAAAGAGCGGGAAGUCAACGUCACGUUUCACAUGAAGGACAGUGAGACGAACAAAAAGAUUGACAGCACUCUUCAAGUGGUGCUAUACAACUGUUCAGUGGGCAGAGAAGACUGCAGCCUGUGUAAGAAUGCUGAUACGAAGUACAAUUGUGUCUGGUGCGCGACGACAAAUUCCUGUGUGUACAGACAGCUGUGUACACAAGAAUCAGAUCGGUGCCCUGCUCCCAUGAUUACAGACAUUAUCCCCCGUUAUGGACCCAUAGAGGGGCAUAUCUCUGUCACCAUUAAAGGCUCUAAUCUAGGCAUUAGGAAAGAAGACAUCAGGCAGAUUACGGUCGCUGGAAUGAACUGUGCUCACCAGGAGGAACUUUACUUAGUGUCUACGAGUGUGGUCUGCAAGAUCGAACCAUUCAAACCAGCAGAUCCGUCCAGUCCCAAAAAGGGUCCAGUGAAAGUGGUGGUAGAAGGAGGACGGGAAGGAGAGUCUAAAGUUGUCUUCACAUAUCGGGACCCCAAACCGGAAAGAGUCAGCCCGGACAAGGGUCCGGCGGCAGGCGGCACCAUCAUCACCAUAUCGGGCACAGACCUGGACACAGCCACUAAAGCAGACGUGAGCGUCACUGUGGGUGGUGUGCCCUGCCAAGUGUUGACCUUUGGAACUGAGAUCACGUGUAUGACAGGGGCCAGGGAGCCCUCUGACAGGCUGUCGGUCAGUGUCAAGUACGGCGGGAAGACAGAAAAAGAUGUGCCUGGCGCAUUCCAGUACUUGAAGAAUCCUCAGGUCACAGGCUACAACCCCAAGGCCAGCUUUGUGUGUGGAGGCCGGAAGAUCGUAGUGACGGGGACUGGGUUUGACUUGGUGCAGAAAGCCACCAUGCGUGUCCUGCCAUCUACCGAUGAGUUUUCCCACCAGUCUGAUCCAGCGGAGUUUGUGGAGGAAGCCCAGAAUAAGAGCGACACAUCUCUGGAGUUCCAUUCUCCUGCUGUGAAUAAGAGUUUUGAGAACCAGUCUUUCAAGACCAUCAUCCAGCUGGACAAUGUGCAGGAGCAGCUUUUGUCUUUCGAUUACUACACCGACCCUGUUUUUAAAAAUCUGUCCAACAACAUCAUCACAGAGGGGGGAGUGCUCAUUGUCUCGGGUCGAGGGUUCAGUAAGGCCAUGACUGUGGAGGAAGCUGAGGCGUUUGUCGGGGACGCGCCGUGCCCUGUCCAGUUCCUCCAGGAUGACAAGAUUAUCUUGGACCCUCCGUCCAGACCGCCCAAAGCCCGGUCCAGACGCCAACGCAGAGACACCAGUGCCGACCCACUGGAUCUGGUGAUUAAGUUUGGUAACGGCGAGUGGACAGUCGGUCAGGUAUACUACGAGAGGAAAUAUGAAGUUCCUCUGCUCAUCAUCAUUCCUGCUGUCAUCAUUCCUAUGCUGCUCUUUAUUGGCCUGUUUGUCUACUGCUACAGGAGGAAAAGCCAGCAGGCAGAGAGAGAGUAUGAGAAGGUGAAACAUCAGCUGGAGAAUCUGGAAGAGAGUGUACGUGACCGCUGCAAGAAGGAGUUUACAGAUCUGAUGAUUGAAAUGGAAGACCACACCAGCGACUUGAGUGAAGCUCGCAUUCCGUUCCUGGACUACAAGACCUACACAGACCGGGUCUUCUUCCUGCCCUCCAAAGACGGCGCCAAUGACGUCAUGAUCACCGGCAAACUGGACAUCCCAGAAUCCCGCAGGGCCAUCGUGGACCAAGCUCUGAACCAGUUCUCCAACCUUCUGAACAGCAAAACGUUCCUCAUUAAUUUCAUCCGUACUCUUGAGGGUCGUCCGGAGUUCAACGCCAGGGCAAAGGUCUACUUCGCCUCCCUGCUGACGGUUGCUUUGCAUGGGAAGCUGGAGUAUUACACAGACAUAAUGAGAACUCUCCUGCUGGAACUUAUGGAGGAGUACGUUCACAGCAAGAACCCCAAACUCAUGCUCCGCAGGUCAGAGACAGUGGUGGAGAGGAUGCUGUGUAAUUGGAUGUCCAUCUGUCUCUAUCAGUUUCUCAAGGACUCUGCAGGGGAGCCCUUGUACAAGCUGUUUAAAGCCAUUAAACACCAAGUGGAGAAAGGUCCAGUGGAUGCAAAGAUGAAAAAGGCCAAGUACACGCUGAAUGACACUGGCCUUCUGGGAGAUGACGUGGAGUACUCCGUCUUGACUCUGCAGGUGCUGGUUCAUGGGGAGGGCCCAGACGUGACUCCAGCGAAGGUGCUGAACUGUGACACCAUCUCACAGGUGAAAGAGAAGAUCAUCGAACAGGUUUACAGGAACCUGCCGUAUUCUCAGAGACCCACUGUCGACAGCGUCGCUUUGGAGUGGCGCCCUGGUUCUACUGGGCAGAUUCUGUCAGACCUGGACCUUACAUCUCAGAAGGAAGGCAGGUGGAAACGCCUUAACACAUUAGCCCAUUACAACGUUAGAGAUAACGCCACAUUGGUAUUGUCCAAAGUCCUGCAUACCCAGCAGUCUUUUGACCAAAAUCAGGACAGCCACGAGGAAAAGAAUGCUUUACUGGAGGAUGACAAAGUGUACCAUCUGGUGCGUCCGGCGGAUGAGCUGGACGAGGUGAAGUCGAAGAGGGGGAGCAUGAAGGACAAGGCCAUGACCAAAGCCAUCACUGAAAUCUACCUGACCAGACUGCUUUCUGUCAAGGGCACGCUGCAGCAGUUUGUAGAUGACUUUUUCUGCAGUGUCCUGUGUUCCGGUACGGUUGUUCCACCAGCGGUGAAGUAUUUUUUCGACUUCCUGGAUGAGCAGGCCCAGAAACAUGAUGUCGUGGACGAAGAGACCAUUCAUAUCUGGAAAACCAACAGCUUGCCUUUGAGGUUCUGGGUGAACAUUUUGAAAAACCCUCACUUCAUUUUUGACGUCCACGUGACAGAGGUGGUGGAUGCCUCGCUCUCUGUCAUUGCCCAGACCUUCAUGGACGCCUGCACCAAGACGGAGCACAAGCUGACCCGGGAGUCACCAAGUAACAAAUUGCUCUAUGCAAAGGAGAUAUCCACGUACAAGAAAAUGGUGGAUGAUUAUUACAAAGGCAUCCGCCAAAUGGUGCCUGUCAGUGACCAAGACAUGAACACACACCUGGCUGAGAUCUCAAGGUCUCAUACAGACAAACUGAAUACCCAGGUUGCACUGCAUCAGCUUUAUCAGUAUGCAAGCAAGUACUACGAUGGGAUCAUCAUGUCUCUGGACGAGGAUCCGGCCGCCCAGAGUAAACAGCUGACUGUUCGUCUCCAGCAGAUUGCUGCCGCACUGGAGCACAAGGUCACCGACCUGUAGCCUCGGCUCUCAGGAGGAGAGAGAACGGGGGGGCGGGCCAAAGUGCCCGCUCUGCACCUCCCCACGGGCCAAAGAACUGCAGAUUCCCUCUGUAGGCUCCAUCUACUCUGGAGGUCUCAAAGACUCUGGAGCCUCUUUUCCUGAACCCAUUUUGAGGGAAAAGAGGAUUCAAACUGAAAUAGACAAACCUCCUCAAUUCUGUCUUCUGCUUUUUUCCCCCUCUUUCUCUCUGUCUGGCUUUCUUGAAUCAUCAUACUAUUGUCUGCGGGUCCUCCCAGACACUCUGAGAGGCUGGGAAGGAGAGAAAGAGGAGUUCAUCAGUAAUGGACGAUGAAGAUGACCUCCAUCCUCUUAACUGCCACUACGGUACACCACUGACCCAACCCAGUUUUCAUUUUAUUUUCAUUUGUUUUUCUUUUUUUCCUCGAAUGGGAAGGUUUUCUUGAUAAUCAGAUGUUCAAUUUCAUACUGUGUAGAAUCAAGCAAAUAAUAGUAUUACGUGUAAAUAUCUUUUGUACUGUCUAAAACAUGUAUUCAAUUAUAUUCUAUAAGCUAUGCGCAAAUUGAAAUGUUUUUUUUUUUUUCCCCAAAAUGGAGAGUGGUUUGUUUGAGUGUAAGAAGCACAGUCGUGUGUGCGUGUGUGUCUGCUCUGAGUAUAUUUGUCGUGCGGUUUGGGUUUACCCACGAUGACAGUCGUGCUGAACCUGGCGCCAAAUGUCCUACUGUGUACGGUUGACUUUUCUUACGUGUGUAAGCAUGGUUUUAAAACCUCCUUUUUAAACUAAUGUUUGUAACCCCGACCCCCCUCCCAAAUUUUGUAUCAGUUGUCUCUGGUAGAUCCUGCUUUCUCAUUUUAAUCCCAGUAAGGCAGUUCAACCACUUUCUAAGUUCAUAUUGUUGUGGCUUGAUGAUAACAUCAUCAUCACCACCAACAACAACAAAAUACACGAUUUAUAUUAAAUAUCGCCGGUAUCCGAUGACAUUUAAUAUAAAGUGGGAGUGGAGCGUGAUCAAGCUUUUGUUCGCCGAUUAGUUCACAUGUAUAUUUACAACGUGCCAUAUUGUUUACGACAACACCAUGACUAGAGAAAGCAAAAGUCUUUUUUUUUAAUUAGUUUCUAAUUUCAUUUCAUUUUAAAUUGAUGCGGCAUACUAUAUGUUAGUGAAACCACUAUCCUUUGUAUUGUUUACGCUAUACCAGUGGACGGCCUCUCCAGGAAUGACUGAGAUCUGCGUGAAAAAGAAAGCAGAUGAAUUUUACGUUGAUGAGUUUGUGACUGAGUGUUCUGGGUCAAAGUGAACGGCGUUUUCGAGAACUAUUGACCUGUCGCCUGAAAUAGCGAUAAACGAGCAGCCACAACGCCAUGGUUUUCUCAGCAACUCUUUUCAUUUGAGAGAAGGCUUGGAAUUGUCAUAUAAAUGUCUGAAUUUGACAAAGUGAAGUUUGUUUCGGGGGCAUUCAGUGGUUUGUGUUGAUAAUACGUUAUUGAGCGUGCUUUGGGACUGCACGUGGCAAGGGCACAGAUUACUGAAAAUGAUGGUAGUUGGCAUUCCGACGUCUGGAGUUAAGGGUACUUAAUGAUUUUUCCUCAACAAAAAUCUUCAUUAAUCGAAGCUAGCACUAUUGAUAUUUCUAUUUCAGAUCCUACCCAUGUUCAAAAGAACACUGUCAUUUUGAGACUUAUUCCCUAUCACUGAUGAUUUUACCUUUCUUUUUUAUUGAGUCAUUAAAUAGUUUUCACCAGUCUCAAUCAAAUGAGGUUAUUAUUCAAAUCUAAUUUAAUAAUACAUUAAAAAAGGUCGCUAGAACGUCCGACAGACUUUGUUCACGAAUGAAAGGUACUUUUUGUCUGUGUCUGGACUCAAAUGUGUUAUGCACCAAGCGGCUCGCUUGUGUCAUUGACUGAUGUCUGGAUAUUUGUCCCCUUUUUGAUGCUGAAUAAAUUUGGAACCCUCAUCGGCUGUCUGUACGUUGGGGGAGGGGAGGGGGCAUAAAAACUGCGCGGCCUGGACCACUUUAGCCAAUUCGACGCACUGGCACCGCCCACAAUGAGUAUGAUAGACACACUAGGAAAUGCCUUUGAUCUGUAACUACAGUACCCCAUCUCUCUCUCUCUCUCUCUCUCUCUCUCUCCCUCCCUGUCUGCCUCUGCUCAUUCACAUUGUAAAGUUUGUUUUGUUUUGUUUUGUUUUUUGACCAGGAAGUGCCUUGAUGAUGUAUCAGUAAUAAUGUUUUGAGUGUGGUGAUUAUACUCGUUCUACAUGAACAACUGUAUUAGGAUAACCAGCAACAAUAUAUAUAUAUAUAUUUUUUUUUUUUUUUGUUGUUG